CUGUGUGUGUAGAUUAUCCGUGUUGGUGUUGCUGUUGCUACGACGGACUCUGUAACCUAAGCUAGCUUCUGUUGAUAAAAUAUAAUGUGAUUUAAAUGUCAUUGUCCCCCUCUUUCAAGUAAUUGUAACCACUUAAGAUAAUGGACGUUUAAACUCUUGUUUCAGACACACAAGCCUAGGUGCAGGAGGCGAUGUGUUUAUUUCAUUGUUAUUGAUAUUAUUGGUUCUUUGUGUUUAGGUUAUGUGACAUUUUAAAACAUCAAUGUGUUUUGGAAACGGUUGGUUACGAUUUAUUCGUUCAAAAACAUCUGAAAAACUUGAAUUAUGCUUUUACAAUUAUGGAAUCUUGGUGUCAAACCAUCCGUGGAAGUUUGUGUCUCUGUCGUUGCUUCUUACGUUAGCGUGCUGUACCGGUUUACUCAAUUUCCACCAAGAAAAAAAUCCGAUGAAGCUGUGGAUUCCACCAGAAUCAGAGUUUAAGAGGGACACAGAUUGGUUCAUGAGUGGGUUUGGAGAAGGGUAUCGCAUCCAAACAGUGAUGCUCACAGCACCUGAUGUACUUCAACCCCAUGUGUUGCAGCAGUUAGUCAAAAUCAGGAAUCAGGUGGUAGGAAGCUCACAAAAGAAUGUUACAUGGGAGGAUGUCUGCUUCAGGGUCCCAGUUGUUCAGAUAAACAAACGACGAAGAAGAAGUUCAAACGUCUACCUUACCGAUGACCUAGAAGAUGAAGACAGCCACUUGGACGUUGGAGGUGGUUUGUUUGAUUUUGAGCCCAGUGUACAUCUCCCAAAAACCCUUUUCUGCACUAUUGUCAGCAGUUUUAGUACAGGCUGUUAUGAGCAUAGCAUUCUAGAAUUUUGGAAGUACGAUGAACAAGAAAUCGAAAGUAUAACUAAAGAAGACAUAAUAUUUGCCCUCAAUCAGACAACAAUUAGUCCAGUUCUGGGGCUCAGUAUGGAGUACACACAUCUUCUUGGAGGGAUAGUGCGCAAUGAGUCAGGUAUCAUAGUUUCUGCCUCAUCUGUACUAAGUCAGUGGAUGGUGCAUGUUAACUUCUCUGCUGUUGAUAUGGAGUUGGUCGGCAAUGAUGGUGGCACAGCAGACUGGGCUACAGGACAAGGAAUGAUUUGGGAGCAAAGUUUUCUAGACACAAUGGAGAACGUUUCAUCAAUGAACACAGAAAAUGGCACUGAAGUCUUUUAUGAGGCCAGCAGAAGUUUUGGCGAUAUAAGCAGUGCAGCUAUGUUCCAAGAUAUACUCAAGAUAGCUUGUGGAGUGUUUCUCACCUUCUUUUUUGUCCUUUUUGUGCUGUCAAAAGUGUCAUGUUUGGAAGCAAGGGUUAUCCCAGCCGCAGCAGGUAUGGCUUGUGUGGGCUUAGCAUUUCUGUCUGCGUGUGGUCUGUGUUCGGCACUUGGUAUCUUUUACGGCCCUGUCCACACGUCACUUCCAUUCCUGCUGAUGGGAAUAGGAGUGGAUGAUAUGUUUGUCAUAAUGGCUUGUAGAAACCAUCUCACUGACAAACAGAAAAGGAACAGUCUUCCAGUACAGAUAGGUCUGGCUUUGAGACAUGCUGGAGUUUCGAUCACUGUUACUUCAUUCACUGACAUUGUGGCUUCCACUAUAGGUGGAACAACAAUUUUGCCAGCCCUAGAGUCUUUUUGCUUGUAUGCGGCAGCAGGAGUCUUCUUUACAUUCAUCUACCAGGCAACAUUUUUUGUUGCAUUUCUUGUUUUGGAUGAACAUCGGAUAGAAAAAAGACGAAAUCCUUUUAUACUCUGUAUAACUCACAAGACUACAUCUGAGCCUCACACCAGUGUGAAACACUACUCAAUGAUUAUUAUGAAUUGUAUUUAUUCAAAAAUGGUACUUACAAAACCUUUCAAAGUCUUGAUCAUCAUUGGGACAUUUUGUUUCUGCGGUUUCUGUAUGAAUGGUGUUUUUAGUCUUCGUCAGCAGUUUGAUCCCAAAUGGUUCCUCCCGUCCAACAGCUAUCUUGUUCAGUACUUAGAUGCAAGGGACAGGUAUUAUGCAGACUCUGGCCAGGAAGCAUUUAUAUUGCUUGGUCAACUGAAUUAUACAUCUGAAUUGAAAAAUAUUCACAAACUUGUCAAAAACUUGCGAAAACAAAAAGAUGUGGUGAAAGAUGUCAACACUUGGUAUGAAGACUUCCGACGUUACGUCAAUCACCACUUUGAGAAAGAUGUCCCCAACAAUGAACUUUCGGAGGAAGAUUUUAGUCUUCUGAUUGGUAAAUUCUUAUUCAGUCCAAAAGGAGGAAAAUUCCAGAAAAACUUUAGAUUUUCCGGGAAGUUGGAGUGUGGAGAAAAAGCACCACCUGUCACUAUUUCCACCCUAGACUUCAAGUUUCGCUUGUUCAGUGGCCCUGAGGAAGCCAUUCCUGCCAUGAACCGAAUAAAGGAUAUGGUUCGCAACAGCAACAUAUCGUCUGGAGAUGGGUUCAAGACAGUUUGGUCCAAAGCCUUUGCCACAUGGACAACAGAUGAGGUUAUACAACAUGAACUGUAUAGAAACUUGACUCUCUCCGUAAUCUGUGUAAUGGCAACAACAACUCUCCUGAUUCUAAACAUCUCUGCCUGCUUUUGGAUCUUUAUUUGUGUUCUCUUGACUUUGGUAGACAUUUGUGGAAUGAUGUUCUACUGGGGCCUAACUGUGGACAUAGUGUCUUGUAUAGCCCUAGUGUUGGGUGUGGGACUGUGUAUUGAUUACGCAGCUCACGUAGGACAGACGUUCCUUUACGCUCAAGGUUCUCGUCACCAACGAGCGCUACACUCAGUCAACACCAUUGGUGCAGCAGUACUCAACGGUGGACUGUCCACGCUCCUUGCACUAUCCAUGCUCUCUCUAUCUGAUGCCUACAUAUUCCAGGCGUUCUUUAAGAUAUUUUUCCUGGUGGUGACGAUUGGGUUGUUUCACGGCAUCGUAUUUCUUCCUGUUAUCCUAAGCUUGGUUGGUCCAGACGCUCACAGAUCCCUCCUAGAACAUGGCUUGCCUGUGAAUGAUGACGAGAGGCAUUCAGUUGAUAAGGAAGAAGAAAUGGUCUGUCUUAAUGGUGAUAAAAAUACAACAGAAGUUGUUAAGGAUAGCAAUAAAAAUAACAAGUGUUCUUACUAGUACCUAUGUGAUAUGUUGGCUCAACGAUAAUAAAUAUGUAUUUAGAGAGUUUUCUCAAGAGCAAUUUUUUUUUACAUUAUCUUUUUUUUACUUUAAGGUUAGAAUAUUUUGUUUCUGUUCAUGUUUGUCCAGUGUUUAAAUCAUUUGUAUAAAUAUCCCACUAUAAUCAAUAAUCAGCAAUUUAAAGCUACAUACGAGUUUUUGGCAAAAUGGCCAAACAAAUUUAGUUUAGUCCAACAUAACAACAGUUGAGUUCAAACCCUAAAAUAUAAAGAGGAUAGCAAUAAUAUCCCAACUAUAAAAAUGAAUGAACUUCAAAGAAAGGUGUUUAACCCUAUGUCAGAUUUAUUUCAAGCUAACCUGUUUUUUAGAAAUACUCUUUUGUUUGAAUAGUGCCUUGUUUUAGUGCCUUUGUUGUAAGGCCUGCAAACUUUGCCUACUCAAAUAAUGCUAUCAAUAUAAUAUUUUUAAACAAAUUCACAAUCUUGUAAAACCAGAUGAAGUCUCCUGUCCUCUCCAACCCAACACAUUUUCCCAAUUUGUAUACAUAACUGUUUAAAAAGUAACAACCUGUUUUAAGUGUUUUUAAAGUAAGGGCCGUUUUUGCAUAUAAAUCCGUAAUGCGCUUGUACUUUGCAAUGAAGCUUCUCGCCACUUAAUGGCAUCAUUCAUGAACAAAAUGACACCAUUUGCAGGUCUGUAGCUAAUGUGUACGCUUUGGUCUGUGUUUUUAUUAUUUUUUAUUACUGAAUCUCCUUCCACAUGCGAGAUUAGGUCAGUAAUACGCUUUUGACUACAAGAAACAUAUCCAAUGCUGACAUUCAUCUCCAGAUGUCUGAAGUUUAUAACUCUAUUGCAAUGAUAGUGGGGUAAGUGAGGAAAUAGGCUAGGGAGUUUGAAAAUGUUAAUUGCGGAAGGAAUCAUGUUUUUGGAGGUUUGGGUACACAGAUUUCUCACAAAGACCACAAAGGAAAAAGGAUUUCACAGCCAUUUGUAUACUCCAUCCAUAACCCAUUUCCACUCUUUACCCUCACUUAUUGCAUUAGGGCCACGCCUUCAGUCAUCUGGCAAUGAAUGUUAGCAUCAAUAUGUUUCAUCUUCAUGGAUAUGUUUCUUGUAUGUUAAAUGUAUUACUGACUAUUUCUCACACACUGCGGAAAAUUCUGUAGUUUAAAAACACACUACGUACAUGUCAGCUGCAGAGCUGCAAAAGGUGUCAUUCUAUUCUCAAAUGAUGGCAGUAAGUGGCGAGGAGACUCAAUGUGAUGUACAAGCUAAUUACGGAUUUAUAUGCAAAAACUACCCUUAUUUAAAAAUCCGCCCUCGUACAUAAUAUGUAGAGUUAGCCAAUUCUCCUUGCCUAUUUAAAAUUAACCCCUCAUGAAUAAAAUACUCCAACAGUGUUUAGUGUUCUAGCCAAUAGUUCCUAGUUCAUAGCAUAGUGUGAUCCUUUGUAUUUUAAAAUCUGUUUGUAAGCAAUAUGUAAAUAAUGAUAGAAUUGAACACACGUUUUUAUUCAGUGAUGUAGUCGUACAUUUUCUAGUUUGGGGAUGGUCACCAAGUGACCAAGAUUGCUGCAAAAUACUUUGCUUACAAAGAUUCCUGUCCCACUACAUCACUGUUUUUAUUGCCUUAGGGUUCUUAAAAGGGCAUGUUUCCACUUGAUAAAGGAGAUUGUUUCCCCUUUAAUGACAAUUUUAUUAUUUUAUUUUGUUAUUUGUCAGUUUGUUUUUACUAUUUGAAAGGCAUAACAAAUUCACAUGGUAUUUUUAACAUAAACAAAACAUUUAAGAAUGUUUCAAAAAUACAUUUGUCAACAGUAAGUUAUCAGAGUUUUGAUGGCAGAGCAUGAGGGACAUUUUGCUUGCUAGAAUUAGUUUGCAAAACAGCUGAUUUUUCAAAAUGUUACUUUCCUCACUAUCCUCGCAAUUUGCAGGAGCGAGGAAAAGUAGUGGCGAAUUUCUUUUCCUGAACUGACAACUGUAGAAAGCAAAAUUUAGGUUUAGUUUUUUUGAUUCAAUUACAAUCAACAGCAAAUGGGCUGCACUGUGUUAGAUAAAAUUAACCUAAUGCUUGCAUGUAAAGUGUUAUAAAUAAUUAUAAAAUAUUAUGUUUUUGUUUAGAAAUAUAGUUAUUUUUAAUUCAUAAAGAUGAUUAUUUCAAUGAAUAUUUAAAUGGAGUGUUUUUUGUUUGCCAAAUGUUUAGGUUAGCAAUAACAUUGUUUCUAUCCCAUCACCACAGAAAUGCUAAACUCACUGUUGUAAGCACAUUUUUGAGUACCUUACAUGAUUAUUUUUCAGUUGUCACACUGAACAGUUGUCACAUCCUGUACCAAAACCUUAAACAAAAUAAAAUAUGCUACUCGAGUUUAAACUGUCUUUUGUAAACUCUAUAGAGUUGGUGGUUUUAAAAAGUGCCACUAUGCACACAAUUUGUACAAAUAAGUAACUAGUUUAUGUCUUCAAACAGAUUCACAUAAACAUUGGUCACUGUCACAACAUUAUUAUAAGUACUAUAAGGUUUUUUUCUGUAAGUUAAUCCCUACUUUUUUAUUUUAAAUAUUGUAUUGUACAAUAUUUGUCAAUGUACUCGUAAAGUCGUAAACAUAGGCUAACUUAUGUAUCUCAUGUUAUACACAAUACUCAAUGUUGUACUCGUGUUUUAUCAUAUAAUAUUACUUUAUUGUACAAACAUCAAGUAUUAUAACAGAGUCAAACUACAUUUUAUUAUUACAAAAGAGUAUUAAAGGAUUAUCCAAGAGUGAUUUAUAAACAAUUGCCAUAUAACUCAUUAAAAUAAUAGAUUUUUCGGUCACUAAUGCAUUAAGUCGUUAGUGCAGUGUACUAUCUUCUUCAUGGAAGUGCAACCAUAUUCAAAGGUUUUUUUUUAAUAAGGAAUGUACUUUAUUUGUAUUGUAAAUUGUAGGGGUGUGCGAAUACAUGACUUGUCUCAACAACAUUUGCUUUGAGGAAAAACGAAUGCAUGAACAAAGUAGGAUCAUGAUAGCGUUGUUUUUAAUUAUGACACAAAUUAAAUGUAUUUUUACUUAGUUUCAAUAAAAGCUUGUCUCUAACUUUGAGCUUUUUCAAAAUGCCUCGAGCCGAGCCAAAUAAUGGAAAGCUCUAACAAAAACCUUGAAGUUCAAGUACUCGCUCACCCCUAGUAUGUUGUAAUAUUAAGUCUUUCUAGAAUUUUGGGAGCCACAAAACUUAAAUAUAAACUUCAAUAACUACAUAUACAAUUUGUUAAGCUUAAAAUUACUUUUUAUCAUUCAUAAAAAUAGUAUUUUUUUAUAAUAAUACAAUUAACUUCUUUUACUAAAAGUAUAGUUUUCGACACUCACAGACUAAUUUCAACACAGUUGCUGUUAUGUUUAUAUCAGUUUUAUGUUUCCCUUUUGUCCAAAGUGUUAGAAAUUUCAGUGAUGUUCCUUUAUAAACGAUCUCACUUUGUCCUAUAAAACUCUCUGUAAAUAUUAAUACUAAUCACACCAUGACAUGACCAUGACUUACCCACAAAUAAUACCACGAGAAGAACUUUAAAUAUUUUGUCUAGAAGCAAAAAAUACCCAUUUAUUUGUUAAAGAAUAAAGACUAUGAUUUGCAAAGGGCUUGCCUUAGUAUUGCUAAGGUAAAGCCUUACAAUAGCAAUUAUAUACAUUGUGGCUAAAAAGUAACUUUCACCCCCCUGAACUUUUUAACUAUUUGAGAUAUUUGAAACAAGGGGCUACAAUAAUUGUGUUCAAUUUUGAAAAUUUUUCCCUUAGGGGUAGUGGUGGUGGGGGGUAGCUCAAAAUUUUCAAAUAGAAAGUAUGGUCGAGUUUGGUAUCAUUUUAAAAAACUAAACAAUUAUCAUAAAGAAAAAAUAAAUCGGACCACUAAUAACAUAAUGGCAGUUAAAAAUUACUUUUAAUAGUCAUUGCCUUAAUAAUUUGUAGCUGUCACUUUGUUAUUAGUUGUCAGAUUUCUAUUCUCUUUGUUUUGUCAAGACCUGUAAAAUUAUCCCAAACUCGAUCAUACUUGCCAUUUGAAAAUUUGGAGCUAUCCCCUGCCGCCACUACCCCUAAGGGCAAAAUUUUGAAAACUAACCAUCAUAUCCAAGAAGGUUGCUGCAAACCAAUUUUAAAUAUCUCAAAUGGUUGAAAAGUUAAUGGGUGGCGCAAGUUAAAUAUCAGCCACCCUGUAUAAGCAAUACAGAGGCUAAAAUUAUUGAUGACUAUGAUUUUAUCAAUGUUUUGCUUUUUGUUAGGUAUGUUUUAAGUGUGACAUAUAGUUCUCUAAUAUUAAGUUCUGAAAUGUAUACUAUAGAAAUAGUUACGUAGCCCACCAAUACAUAGUAUGUUGUAUCGGAUAUUUAAAUAUUUACUUAUAUUUUUUCAUAAAAUAACCACCACUUGUUAAUUAAUAGUUCCUAAAAUUAUUUUGUUAUGGCCUACCCAACAAUAUAUGAGUAAAUCUAAAUACAAUUAGAGAUGUUUUCAGAUAUGUAUGGCAGUAUAGCUGCUCAUGUUACUGUUAGAUAGUCCAAAACAAAUAAACACUCAAAACUAAAAUGAAAAUAUUACCUUUCUUGCCAAUAUUAAUUUAGAAAUACAUUUAUCUUUCUGUUGAAUAUUGAAAUUGUUGUACCUAUGAGUUUUAAUAAAUAUAUAUUUUUACAAAUUA